CGACAAAUUAAUUGAAUAAAUAUUUUCAUAUAAAUUUGAGUUAUGGCCAUAUGUAAAGUUUGUAAACACAGACACACGUAUAUCUUAUAAAAAUUAACUUAUGUUAUCAGUUUUAUGAUCUCGAAAUGGGAAACAACACGAAUAUAACUUUGGGUUUGCCAAAAGAGAAUUUUUUAUUUCGAAAAACAUCCCUAUGUUUUGUUUUAAUUACAAGUGUAUUUGGAAACGUGCUUUUGCUCGCAUUAUUGAUCCGAAUACGAGGUUUUCGACUGCUUGUUAGCAAGUUAGUUCUGAAUAUGACACUGUGCAAUCUUUUACUUGUAAUAAUAUGGAUACCAGUGGAUCUCCACCUUUUAUUUAAUUCAUCGAAUAAAUUUCCUUUGGCUAGUUUUGGCUGUAAAACGUUACCGGCAAUCGCAACCUGCUGUUAUACUGCAUCAAUAUUUACCUUAGUGGCAAUUGCCUUUGAAAGAUGGUAUGCAAUCACCAGACCAUUUAAAGCUGCAAUGGGUAAAGCAAGAGUUCAGUCUACAUUUCUAUGGAUUUACUUUGUCACCUUCCCCUGUGUGUAUCCCGUCUUUCAUGCUUCAUCGCUGGCAACAAAUGGUGAAUGUUACGAGAACAUGUCUUUGAAAUAUCGACAAAUGUACACUCUCUGCUUGUUCGGUGUGCAAUAUAUUUUUCCAGUUCUGAUCAUGACCUUUUUGUAUACUAUGUCCUGGAAGAAACAUUUUUCUUCGCGAAAAGUAUUUCCAAGACUAGAAGCAGGUAGCAGUUCAGUAUCGGAGGGCAAUGCAAAAAAUUCCAACUAUCUUAUGCAUCGUAGGUUAAAGCAGAACUUCGAACUUUUAAAAACAUUUACUGCCAUUGUUGUCAUUUUUAUUAUCACUGCGCUCCCUAUUCAAGUGUUAUGGAUUUUAGUCGACUUCACAAACCAUAGUUGGCCAAUGAUGUUGAGCGAUAUGAUUAGUAUUACGAAAUACGCUAACUGUGUUGUGAAUCCCUGGUUGUACGGACGUCUAAAUAAAAAUUUUAGGAAGGACUUUAAGCAGUUAAUUUUAAAUCACCGGCGUACUUAGAUUUGUGAAUAGCAACUGUUCAGAUGGCUGUGAUUGUUAUUUUGUUAUGUGAUUUUUGGACAUUAUAAAAAUCAAUAGUCUGAGUCUAAAGAAGAAACGAUAUUGUUUCCUUAGAAAGUGAAUCCGUUGUGAAGUAAUUAUUUUGUCGUUGUAUGUGUAUAUUUUUCAUUCAUGAAAAAAAAAUGCUAUAAGCAAUAUAAGGAUGGAGAGAAGAAAAAUAAUUUCUUAUUAAAAAGGGCAAAAUAAUCUUCCUUUAAAUUUUGUCGAUAUUUACUUGAUUGCAAUUCUUUAUUACUCUAAAUUAGUAAUAUUAGUCAUUAUACCGUGAAAAAACCCACAAAUUCGCCCGUCGCUGCUUAAACCUACCAUCUUCGCCUCAUAAACAGACAGACGUAUAAAGAAUUUUUAACAGGGUAAAUAAAAUUUUAGCUAUGUCUUGAAAGCCAUUAGUGCAUUUGUCAGAAAAUAUAUUAAUAAGAAAAUAUUAUCGCCGGGCAGCUGUAUCGCGUUGUGUUUACCCAUAGCACUUUUUAAGUAUCAAUGUCAAAUUUUUUCUUUGACACUAUGUCUCCAGCUAUUAAUGUUAAUAAUACAGGAGCGUAACUAUUUUAAUAUUUCAAAUCUGUUACUUCGUUGACAAGACUUCCAAAGUAUUUUGUAAUUCUCCAAAAGUUAAAUAGGUCGUUAUUUAACAACCGUAAAAUACGAUAUUUCAACAGAAGGGUUCAGAAUGCACAUUUGACUCUAACCCACUACCACAUUAUUCGGUCUUAGGUAAUUUAUAUUUUUUACGCAAGCAUGUUGUACAUACCAGGAAUGUAAUACUUAUUAUUUUUAAUAUAA